UGCAUACUGCGCAGUAUUUAAAGUGUGAUUGACGCUGCAGGCAUCACUCUGCUGCUUCGCCAACGGGACGUGCAUCUUAUAACUUAAUUUAGCUGAGCUGAAACCCAGACCAUCUGCAGACAUGUCUGACAAACCUGACGUCUCGGCAGUCGAAAGCUUCGACAAGAGCAAGCUGAAGAAGGCAGAGACCGCAGAGAAAAACACACUGCCAACCAAAGAAAUCAUCGAACAAGAGAAGGCGUCGGGACAAUGAAGACCAGUCCUGUGCACUGUACAUUCCACAAGCUUUUGCCUUUUUUUUUUCCUGUUCAAAUAUGUAUUUCAAGUUUGAGGUACAAAUUGCCAAAACAUGUAAAACUCUCUGUACAGUAAGGAAGUGUGGCUUGAUGUCUGUACAUUAAGGAAGUGUGGCUGAUGUCAGAAUAAUGUUGCACUGGAUGCAUCGUUGGUGGUGCGUCUAUCGAGCAGAUGUGUCAUGAGGGAUCUACACUCUGAUUUGUAACCCUUCUCUGGCCAGUUGUGACCCUUCUCUGGCCAGUUGUGAAUUCUCACAUAGUGUUUUGUAACAAAAUCUGGAAUGCACAAGUUUGUUAAAUAUGCAAAAUAAAAAAUGUAAACCGA